AUGAGGAAUGAGGAAUAUUGGAAUCAUAAAAAAUUCAACCUUGACUCCCUGCUGCAAUCCUUUAUCCUGCAAUGUGAAUACUUUCGUGCCGAACCGGAGACACAAAUAUCGGGAAUUGUCAUCAUACUGGAACUCGAUGGCCUGACGCUGCAAAAGGUCAUACGUGAUACACCGAUGUUUCUCAAAUCUUUAUUCACAUUUAUUCAGGAAGGCAUGGGUAUACGUCUGAAGGCCUAUCAUAUUGUCAAGAAUCCGAAAGUUUUCGAUAUGAUUUUUGCCUUCGCCAAGCCAAUGAUACAGGAGAAAAUGUAUAAACGUAUUCAUUUUCAUGGAUCGGAUAUGUCAUCGGCAUAUUUCACCGGAUUGUUUGGCUGA